AUGGUGGCUGACAACAAGGGUAAGAAGUUGAAGGUUGCGGAGAAAGGCGAGGAGGACAAUAACCAAAUCGAUGAAGAACUCGUCCUCUCUAUCGAGAAGCUCCAGGAGAUCCAAGACGAUCUCGAAAAGAUUAAUGAAGAGGCAAGUGAUAAGGUCUUGGAAGUAGAGCAAAAGUAUAAUGAGAUACGCAGGCCAGUAUAUGAAAAGCGGAAUGAGAUCAUUAAGUUGAUUCCUGACUUCUGGUUGACUGCGUUUCUAAGCCAUCCUGCUCUUGGUACGCUUCUGAGCGACGAGGAUCAAAAGAUAUUGAAAUAUUUAAGUUCGCUGGAAGUGGAGGAUUCAAAAGAUGUCAAAUCUGGUUAUUCGAUAACAUUUAACUUUGAACCCAACCCUUACUUUGAAGAGACAAAGCUUACAAAAUCUUUUGCCUUCCAUGAUGAAGGAACGACAGAGAUUACUGCUACACCAAUCAACUGGAAAGAGGGCAUGGGUCUACCAAAUGGAGUUAGUCAUGAAAAGAAAGGGAACAAGAGGCUUUUGGCUGAUGAAAGCUUCUUUAGCUGGUUCAGCAACACUCAGCCAAAAGGCAUGAUUGAUGAAAUGCAGGAUGAGGAUCCUGAUGACGAGGACUUUGAUGGGGAUGAUGUAGAUGAUGUGGACAAGGAUGGUGAUGACUCUGAAGGGGAGGAUGAUGAGCAAGCGGAAGAUGAUGAUGAUGAUGAUGAAGAAGAAGAAGAAGAUGACGACAUAGCCAAAUGA